AUGGCGUUUGUUUCCUUUUCGCCUGUGCCAGAAGUAUCCCAAUCGUUGCAGAAUUCGUCAGAUAAUAUCGUUUACUCGAUCGCUGAAAAUAACAGUACUUUAGCUCCAGUUUAUUCAUCUUAUGGCGCAGCAGUUUCGUCUACAAGAUCAUUGCCAAUUACUAUGUCAUCGUGGAACGUUAGUUUAUUGUCAACUUUGCCUUUCCUGUCUCGUUUGGGUUUGAAUUUAUCGUCUCCUUCUACAUUCCCGACAUCAGAUGGCCGCCAUGUUGGAUUUCCGAGCGUGUUGUUUCCAAGCCCUUCGCAGAGCGCGGUCGGCUAUGGUUGUCCUCCGGCAUCCCUGGCCUCCCACCUUGGUUCACAGCACCUCACUCAGACUCCUCAGCCAAUUCAGCAAGACCCAAUCGAUGGUCAGCCUCCAGGGCGGUUGUCCCUCGAUCCACCCGGAACAUCUUGGCCCCAGCAACCGUUCUCGGGGCAGGCUAAUGCUGCCGUCCAUCCCUCUUCCUACCCAUUCCUCCUCCCCGACUCCGUAUGGUCCGCCUGGCGGUUCAACAGCUCAAGUGCAACGGUCAG